GUCACACAGUUUAAAGAGCCCUGAGCAGAGUGUGAUGUCUACAGAAAGAUCUCCUGAACGGAGAUCUGAUGAAGCAGCUCAAUGGUGGACUUCAGUCAGUUCCUGGUUUGGUGUUACGUCUUCCGUCUCCUGUUACCGUCACAUGGAGGUGAACCUCAGGUGAUUGGUCCAUCUCAGCCAAUAGUGGCAAUACUUGGUGAGGACAUUAUUUUGCCAUGUCGCCUGGAUCCUCCAAGGAAUGCUUCUGGUAUGGUUCUGGAGUGGGUGAGACCGGACCUGAGUCCCGGGUUUGUUUAUGAGAGACGAAACAGUGAAGAACAUGUAGCUGACAAACAGCCCUCCUACAGAGGAAGAACAUCCGUGUCCAUCAACAAACUGGAGGUCGGAGACGCUUCAAUGAAACUCUCCAAGGUGACGCGUCCUGAUGAGGGAACCUACAGAUGCUUUUUUCCUCAACUGGGUCAAUACGCUUUCAUUGAGCUUGUUGUUGGAAUCGUCUCCUCACCUGUUAUCAGUUCAGUGAACGUUAGCAGCAGCCUGGUUCUACAGUGUGAGGCUAAAGGCUGGUAUCCAGAGCCUGAGGUGUCCUGGCUGGACGCUGAGGGAAACCUCCUCUCUGCUGGACCUACAGAGACAGUCAGAGGUCCUGAUGACCUCUAUACUGUCAGCAGAAGAUUGACUGUGGAGAAGAGCGACAACUUCACCUGUAGAGUCCAACAGAAGAACAUCACCCAGACCAGAGAGACACACUUCUAUGUUCCAGGUCAUUUUUUCACAGUUCAGUCUUUGAGUCAGACUGACAUCAUCAUCAUCAUCUCCAUCACUCUUGUUUGUCUGCUGCUGGUCAUUGUUCCCACAGUGAAAUGUUUCAGGACCAAGAGGAGACUGAGAACUUUAAGGAUGUUACUGGUGCCCGAACAAGAUGAGCAACUGGACAUGAAGGAUGAAGUUGUACAUAUUGAUCAUCAAUCAUCAGAAUCAGAGAAAAUGCAUGUAGAGGUUACAGUUGAUUCACCAUGACGGUGUCAAAGUAUUCUGUGGUUCUCUGUUUGCUUUUUAUUAUUCUUGUUUGCACUCAGGUGUUAGCUCUGCCAUCAAAGUACUGCAAAUGCAUUUUUCCUGGAUGAAUAACGUUACUUUAAUAGUGCCUCCAG